AUGAGUUUGCCAAUUCUCUUCAAUUAUUACUUAAUAAUUGCUUUGUUUACUUUGUGUAUAAUUUUUGCGGUCACUGUGAGUGCUAGACGUACAUUUAAUCCAGUUACUCCGCCGCCACCACGUUGGGGUGCCAAUAAACAUAUGCUAAGGCUGCAGAAUAGCCCAGCUUUUCAAUUCUGGACUGAAGACAGUGACACAAAUAUUUGGGAACACAGUGGAUUGUUUGAAGGUGAUAUUAUGAUAUACCGUGAAUUGCUGCGAAACGGAUUAUUGAACGAUAAAAUGACUUGGCCAGAUGCUACGGUACCAUUCUAUAUCGACAAAACAGAUUUUAAUUCCACCCAAAUGAUGGCUAUUUUAAAGGCAUUUAAAGAAUAUCACGAAGAGACUUGCAUACGCUUCCGACCAUAUGAAAAAGGUGACAAAAAUUGGAUAAUGAUUAAAGGGAACUAUUCCGGUUGUUGGUCAAGUGUUGGCCGGAGACAAGGUGGACAGAUUCUGAAUUUGAAUACACCAAAAUGUGUAACACAUGGCGUUAUAGUGCAUGAGUUGCUCCACGCUUUGGGUUUCUAUCAUCAACAGAGUGCAACAGAACGAGAUGAAUAUGUCAAAAUAAAUUGGGAGAACAUCAUCGAUGGACACGCACAUAAUUUUAACAAAUAUGCACGUACACACAUAACAAACUUUGGUGUUGAAUAUGACUACAAAAGUGUUAUGCAUUAUAGUUCAAAAGCAUUUACAAAGAAUGGUAGAAAUACCAUUGAACCUCUGGAUCCAUAUGCUAGUUUGGGUCAACGCAAGGGUCUUUCAGAAAAAGAUAUAUCCAAAUUGAAUGAAAUGUAUGAAGAAGACUGUAAUGAGGACUUUCUGUUUGGGUUCGAUAAAUUUAGCUCAUAUGUGGAUGAACUUUUAGGAUAUUUUGGCAAUGAAGUAGGAGAUUUUUGA